AAUACAGUCUCUCUACAGAUUGACUCAGGAGGUAAUACGGUCUUGCUCCCCUCCAUCUGGAUUUAUUUGUGCCUGUCAUGGUUAUUAUAGGAGGCUACAAGAAACAUUGAAAAUACACAGCUUUUAUCAUCACUCCAGCUAGGAGGUUUGGAUUAACUAUUCCUUUCACUCUCCCUUGGACUGGAUCUUGCUGAGGGGGGGUGGGGGACUCUCUAUAAUUAUGAACUGGAGAUUGAUAUAAAAGAACGCAAACCAGGUGUAUGUUGACGGAAGCAGAUGAAGAUCAAGACCGAGCAGAUCUUCUCCAAUCAAAAAACAACAAUAAGAAAAGCUUUCAGAAAUUAAAACGGUGAUUGUUUUCUGAUCACUGGAGAAAAGAAUCUACAGAAAAACAGAGAACAGAUAUGAUAUACAUUGAAAGGACUGAUGUUUACAGAUUUUGUAUCAUAAAAGACAAUUUGGUUCAUUGAAAUCUAUUAACAACAACCACAAACAAAAAGAAAAAAACACUGCUGAAAAGGAAUCUGGAAAAGGAAAAAAAAUAGAUAUAAAUAUAUAUAUAUUAUUAUUUUGAUAUAUAUUUGUGAAUAAGGAAGUGCGUUGUGCAUUUUUCUUAUUGCAUGAUUAAGAGAUUUUUUUUUUAAUAAUAGAUAUAAUAUAUUUUAUUUAUGAUCUAGUCUUUUAGCUAAGUCUCUGUCCUUGUUGACAAGCUUUCCGUUUGGUAGUUUUCCAAUUGAACCGGUGACUUUAAAAGCAUUGAAACGCUAACAAAAGCUGGUUAACCUUUAUGUGACAGAUAUUUUUUUAUAUUAUUAAAAGGAAAAUAUAUAGUUCUAUAUUUUUAUUAAGUGGAUUUAAAAAAAUAACAAAAAAAAACCAAGAUGGCUGAAUGUGGCUCUGUAUUUUUUUUUUUGAUCUGAUGAUAACGCCAAAAGGCAUAGCAGCUGCAGGAUCAGUCUGAAGUUUCUCUUUAUUGAGGAAGAAGUGGGAGGACUUUUUCUCGCUUCAGGCUGGAAUUUGAUCUGUGAGGCUGAACUGUCUCCUUCAGAGCUACAUCAAGGAUCAUUCUCUGUGGAAACAACCUCAAGAAUUUGGUUGCUUGGCUAAUUUAAAGGAAUUCUUUUUACGAUUUAAUUGAACCCUACACACAAUUUUAUUUUUUUUGGUAAAUCUUGGUGGCUUCCUCUGAAAUCUUUUAAAAAGGUGUGGAAAUACUGUAUUCUAAACAAGAUACAUUUUUAUUUAAUGGAAUACAUUCAUAUCAUUUGCUUUCAAAACAAUAUGAAUUGCUUAUUUUAGUGUCAAGGAUCUAACGUUUGUGUCGCUUGUUUGAUUUUUACUCUUCAUUAAUUCGCAAUCAAAGAAAUAAUGUUUUGAGAACAAAAAAACAAACUGUUUAUUUCGUUAUUUACUUAAAAUUUCAUGGAAACAUUUUUUAAGCAUUUCAUUAUUUUUAACUAGCAGCAUUUUUGCAUUCUGUGAUCUAUAUUCCAAAACCUAAUACACACAUCUUCCUGGUUGAAAAUGUCGGAAAAUUGGAAAAACUGCUUUGAAGAGGAACUUAUAUGCCCUAUUUGUCUGCAUGUUUUUAUUGAACCAGUUCAACUCCCUUGUAAGCACAAUUUCUGCAGAGGGUGUAUUAGUGAGGCCUGGGCGAAAGAGACUGGAUUAGUAAGGUGCCCUGAAUGCAACCAGGCCUACAACCAGAAGCCAAACCUAGAGAAGAAUCUGAAGCUUGCCAACAUUGUGGAAAAGUUCAAUGCUCUCAAUGUGGAUAAGCCACCUUCUGUCCUACACUGUGUAUUUUGUAGGAGAGGACCUCCACUUCCUGCACAGAAGAUCUGCCUGAGAUGUGAAGCACCCUGCUGCCAGUCCCAUGUGCAGACUCACCUGCAACAACCUUCCACUGCUAGAGGCCACCUCCUGGUAGAAGCUGAUGAUGUAAGGGCAUGGAGUUGCCCACAGCACAAUGCUUAUCGACUGUACCACUGUGACGCGGAACAGGUUGCUGUAUGCCAGUUCUGUUGCUAUUACAGUGGGGCCCACCAAGGACAUUCUGUUUGUGAUGUGGAAAUUCGUAGGAAUGAAAUUAGGAAGAUGCUCAUCAAGCAGCAGGACCGCUUGGAAGAAAGAGAGCAGGAUAUUGAAGAUCAGCUGUACAAACUGGAAUCAGACAAGAGACUUGUUGAGGAAAAAGUGAGUCAACUAAAAGAUGAGGUGCGUCAGCAAUAUGAGAAGCUGCACCAGAUUCUGGAUGAGGAUCUGAGGAAAACUAUGGACAUACUGGAUAAGGCGCAAGCCAAGUUUUGUAACGACAAUGCUGCGCAGGUUCUGCAACUGAAUGAGAGAAUGCAAGAGGCUAAAAAGUUAUUGAGCUCUGUGCAGGUCAUGUUCGAUAAAACUGAGGACAUCAACUUCAUGAAGAAUACCAAGUCUGUGAAAAUCCUGAUGGACAGAACCCAGAACUGUACUGGAGGUGGUCUUCCUCCUCCUAAAAUUGGACACCUGAAUUCUAAGCUCUUCCUAAAUGAGAUUACCAAGAAAGAAAAACAGCUGAAGAAGAUGCUGGAAGGGCCAUUCAGUACUCCAGUACCAUUCCUUCAGUGCAUCCCAAUGUAUGCCUGCAAUGUCAGCAGCUCGGGAGCAGAGAAACGCAAGCAUUCAACUGCCUUCCCAGAAGGCAACUUCCUUGAGCCAGCGUCUGGAAAUGUUACAGGCCAGUACAUAAGCCAGGGAUCUUCCACUGGCGAGGGCCAGUCUGCACAACCCAUGGUGCCUUGCAGCUCCACCCAGCACAUUGUAGGACUUCCCACUGGGCCGCAGCCAGUCCACUCCAACUCGGUCUUCAAUCCCUCUCACUACCCAAACAGCACAUCAUCUCAACAGUCCGUCCUCUCCCAGUAUGGAGGGCGCAAAAUCCUGGUCUGCUCAGUGGAUAACUGUUAUUGUUCCUCUGUGUCCAAUCACAGCAGCCACCAGCCGUAUCCCAGGUCUGGUCACUUCCCCUGGACAGUGUCUUCGCAGGAGUACUCUCAUCCUCUCCCACCUACACCUUCAGUUACUCAGUCUCUUCCAGGACUAGCUGUCAGAGAAUGGAUUGAUGCUUCCCAGCAACAUGGUCGCCAGGAUUUUUAUAGGGUCUAUGGGCAGCCUGCCACUAAGCACUAUGUCACCAGUUAACCGCUAGAGCAAAGCUAGCCUUGUUAAAUAUGCAUUCAGAAAACAACACCCCAAAACCAUCCUUAAAUGGAGCAACAUUAACCUCUUUAGUGACAGAACCCUCUGUUACUGAAUUAGGUUAACAUAGGACAUUUCUGUUCUUUUUCUGCUUAAUUCCAUUAAUUUUCAUGGUGUUCAGAUGAUUCCUUUCCCUUCAUCUAUCAAGAGAACCUGUUUUCUCAUUCUAUUUUUUUUCUAAUGCUUUGUAGUUUCUGCUGAUGUUUAUCAUUUGAUGCAGCAAACCCUUGAUGUUUCGCAGUGGUUUUUUUUUUCUCUCUUUUCCUUUGUUUUUAUUUUACUUUGUUGCUGUAGAAAUUAAUGAACUGUCAUAUGUAAUAGAAUGAGUUUUAAGUUAAAAGGCCACUUAUCAUACAGACACUGUUUUUUUGUGUUUUUUUUUAUAAAUAAAGCUUUUCAGAGAUUUGAAAAUAAACCCCUAAUCAGUGAAAAUUAAACAAUGGACAAUAAAUAAAGUUUGAUGUUCUUUGCAGUAACAGAUUUUGCCUACUCUUUUGUAGAUUUUAAAAAGAUACAAAAUGGUUGACUUUCUGCAAACUAGUGGAGAUAUUUAUGAUAUGACCUAAUAUAAAACACAGAUGUAUUGCUGUAAAAUAUAGAGUGGCAAAGAAUAAUUGUUCACCCUUCUGCUCUGAAGGCACAAUGUGGGAUUUGAUUACUUGAAUAGAUGUCUAUCCUGUGAAACAAGACAGUUUCUAUAUUUUUGCAGAUGUUGGAAUUUGAUUCAAAACGCAGGGAGAAAGAAAUGUGUUAAAAAAACACUGUAAAUAAAGUUAAAAAUAAAAUAACAGGGUAAUGUUUUGUAAUUUUGAUGCUCAAUGUAACACACACAUGAAGUGAAAGGUAAAAGAUUCACUUUUUCUUUUUCAAUAUUCAAAUCUAUGGACCAAGGUUAUAGUUAAAAACUAUAAAUACCUGCAGGCAUUUAAGCCCCAAAUGGUAAAUGGUCUUUUAGCUUAAAAAAAAAUAAAAAUAAAGUAGAGGAAUCAUUUCUUAAACAUUGUUUGAAAUAUUUUUAACAUUCCACAUACAUGUAAAAAAAAAAGUGCAAUUCAACAUUUUCUUCACUUUUUAAAAAAACAUAUUUUACUUUACAUAUUAAAGGUAUAAUUUCUGGAGUGCCACAAAAAUAAAAAAAUGUAAAAAAAAAGAACAAAAAAAAAUUUAAACCAAUGUGUAUGUAUGUACAGUGUAAGAGUCCUAGCACUUUUGGUUUUUUUUCUUUCUGCGACUUUAUUUAAUAAACAAUGUAAUGCCAUAUUGUAAUAUUACAGCAAUAAGACUUUGUACUGUAUGUUGCAAAGGGACUUUUAUGGAGAGAACAAAAAAAAAAAAGAAAUCCUAUUUAACAAGGAACUUUUCAGAGAAAUGAUUGUUACUGGUUGGACAAGGAAGCACUGGGGAAAAAACAAAUACUGCAUGACAAAUAGCAGUAAUAUCCUCUGUCUUCUUUUUCUCGUGUUUUGGAUAUGGAGGUAAAUUCUAUCAUAUCACGCUCUUCUUUAAGCAGCAGUCCCGCUAACAUGAUCAAAACAAACAAAAAAAAAAAAAAUAAAAUUCUUUUUAUAAGCUA